CACCUGACCUCGUCCCCCUUUCGAGGAAGAACCGUUCUUUUAGUUCUCCCUCGCAACCUCCCUCCGCAGAGUCAUCUUAUUGCCUCUUCUUCGUAGAAGAAUGGCGACCAUGGAGAGCUUGAUCGGCCUCGUUAACCGGAUCCAGAGGGCCUGCACCGUCCUUGGCGAUCACGGCGGCGAGGGAUCGUUGUGGGAAGCCCUCCCCUCGGUCGCCGUCGUCGGAGGACAGAGCUCGGGGAAGUCGUCCGUGCUGGAGAGCGUCGUCGGAAGGGACUUCUUGCCUCGUGGAUCCGGUAUCGUGACAAGGCGGCCGUUGGUCUUGCAACUUCACAAGACCGACGCGGGAACCGAGUAUGCAGAGUUCCUUCAUGCCCCCAGAAAGAAGCUUACUGAUUUUGCUGCUGUGAGGAAGGAGAUUCAGGAUGAGACUGAUCGCAUAACAGGAAAAUCAAAACAAAUAUCCAAUGUCCCAAUCCAUUUGAGCAUUUAUUCACCCCAUGUUGUUAACUUAACACUCAUAGAUCUUCCUGGAUUGACAAAGGUUGCAGUAGAGGACCAACCUGAAUCAAUUGUUCAAGAUAUUGAAAAUAUGGUCCGGUCAUAUGUUGAAAAGCCCAAUUGUAUCAUACUAGCCAUUUCUCCUGCUAAUCAAGACAUUGCUACUUCAGAUGCUAUAAAGCUUGGAAGGGAAGUCGAUCCAGCAGGUGAGAGAACCUUUGGUGUCCUAACAAAGCUUGAUUUGAUGGAUAAGGGUACAAAUGCUCUGGAUGUGCUUGAAGGAAGAUCAUACCGUUUACAACAUCCUUGGGUAGGAAUUGUCAAUCGCUCACAAGCUGAUAUUAACAAGAAUGUUGACAUGAUUGCUGCACGGCGCAAGGAACAAGAGUACUUUGCAACAAGCCCUGAUUAUGGACAUCUGGCCCACAAAAUGGGUUCAGAGUAUCUUGCAAAGCUAUUAUCGCAGCAUCUGGAGUCUGUGAUACGAGCACGCAUACCAAGCAUAAUAGCUUUAAUUAAUAAAACAAUCAGUGAGCUUGAUGCAGAGUUGGAUCGGCUUGGGAGACCCAUUGGAGUUGAUUCAGGGGCACAACUAUACACAAUAUUAGAGAUGUGUCGUGCGUUUGAUCGCAUCUUCAAAGAGCAUCUGGAUGGAGGGCGGCCUGGUGGGGAUCGCAUAUAUGGAGUUUUUGACAACCAACUUCCAGCAGCUUUGAAAAAGCUCCCAUUUGAUAGACAUCUAUCUUUACACAAUGUACGGAAAGUUAUUUCUGAAGCAGACGGUUAUCAACCCCAUUUAAUUGCUCCAGAACAAGGGUAUAGGAGGCUCAUAGAUAGCUCCUUGAGCUAUUUCAAGGGUCCAGCCGAAGCCUCAGUUGAUGCUGUGCACUUUGUCUUGAAAGAUCUUGUUCGAAAGUCUAUUGGUGAAACAGAGGAAUUGAAGCGCCUCCCAACGCUUCAAGCUGACAUAUCAGCUGCGGCAAAUGAAGCAUUGGAAAGAUUCAGAGAUGACAGUCGGAAAACAGUUCUUCGGCUAGUAGAUAUGGAAGCCAGCUACCUUACAGUGGAAUUCUUCCGCAAGCUUUCACAUGAACCUGAGAAAGGUUCCAAUCCCACUUCUACUCCAGCAACAGAUCGAUAUGGUGACAACCACCUAAGGAAGAUUGGUUCCAAUGUGUCAGCUUAUGUUGGUAUGGUAUGUGAUACACUGAAGAAUACUAUACCAAAGGCAAUUGUUCAUAGUCAAGUCCGAGAGGCAAAGCGAUCACUGCUUAAUCAUUUCUAUGCCCAAGUUGGCAGUAGGGAGAAGAAGCAGCUUGGCGCUAUGUUGGAUGAGGAUCCAACUCUCAUGGAGAAGAGAGAUGCCAUAGCUAAGCGACUUCAAUUAUACACUUCUGCAAGAGAUGAAAUUGAUUCGGUCGCAUGGAAAUGACCGUCACAAAAUGGGUAGUCUGGACUCUGGAAUACAUCAUGCAACAAAAGACAAUGACCAUCAUAAGUCUUCUUUUUUUUUUUUUUUUUGCAGUCUCACGGGGCUUGAUGAGCAUAUGCAGAAUAGGCAUUAUGAAGUAAAAAAGAAUGCAGGCUAUUCUUCUUUUGUCCUCAAUUCUUUCUUGUACUGUUGAUUUGUGAUCUUACUGCUAUUCUUUUAUGCAGAAAGAUCUUUUACUUCUCGAUUGAUUAGUUAUUUAUUUGAUCAGUUUUGUUCACAAUAAAGCAGAAAAAAAAGAGGUUAUCUGCAGAUCUAGUCAUGGUAUUCUAAAACAGUUUUGAUUGUUUCUGUUUGGAAUUUUGGUUUAGAUGCAGUGUUAGACAGAGUGAAGUUGGUGGCUACCGUGGGAAGUGAAUGCAAAACAGUUGUGCUUCUAUUGUAAGAGUGAGGGACAACUCGUCCAAAGAACAGGGAUGACCUGAUCACUACAGUUUGUUUCAUAUCCUGUGUUUGGGUAAUGUCUUUUGACAGAUUUGGACGGACUACACUUUGGGACCCACUUCCGCUAUGAGUCGACGACCACAUGCUCCCAUCGUAACCGCGCUGCGCUGGCUGAUAAAAAUCUGGGUGGGACUCAGACCCACUCGCCAACCCGAACCAGCGAAAGUGUAACAACGGCGGACGCCGCACGGUCUUCGAGUUUAGACACCAGCCCAAAAAAAAAUAAAGAGUACAAAAAUACACUUGGUUUCCUUUCCCUCUCCGUGGCGGUGUCGUCAUCGUAAUUCGCACCGCCCUUCUGCUCUCCUCCCUCCUCUCCUCACCCAUCUCAAAUUUAGGGUUUCGUUUCUUCUUAUUCUUCCUCGCUCGAAUCUCUUUCCCGCCACCCCCCCUCCCUCCAACAGGAUCGAGGCGGAGGAGCAACGGAAGCGCAGAUGGC